UGAACUCCAUCUCCCACAUCUCUCCCUCCCCCCUCCCUCCCCCCUCCAGUUCCUGGCCCCCGCGACCGGCGUUAGUCCCAAGGACCAGAGCAUCAAGAUCAUAGCCACAGUGAUGAAGGGAAACAGUCCCAUCCGGGGAGCUAAUGUGAUCGCCUACGUCACGCCCCCAGACAUCACGGCGAGCGCGCAGGAAUACGAGCUCCUAGACAAUGGCGCAGGAGCUGACGCGGUUUCAGGCGAUGGUAUUUACUCCCGCUAUAUGACAACUUUCGCCGGCGAAGGGCGUUACAGCAUCAAGGCCCUGGUGAAGGGAGGGUCCAGCUCCAGUGUCAACAACGGGCCUCCACCGCCGCCCUCAUUCCCCUCUGCUGGGCGUCGGCGCCGUCGCUCCGCUGAUUUAAGUAUUAAUCCCAGGCCUUGCUGUGGCAGCAUCGUCCCCUACGACCCAGACACAGCCACUCCAACGGGUAACUUCACUCGAGUCUCUUCAGGAAGCUCACUCAAGGUGUCCGACCCCCCUGCCCCCGACGAAGAUAUUCUGCCUCCUUGCAAGGUGACCGACCUCCAGGUGGCGGAAUUAUAUGGUCAGGACGAAGGUGGCAGCAUCCUCACCCUCGUAUGGACCUCACCUGGAGACGACCACGAUGAGGGCACAGCGUCAGAUUACACCUUCAGGCUGACUGGCGUCCGCCCCGACCUCACCAACAAAGGUUUUGGCGAGGCCCCGGCGAGCACACUCCUGCAGUUCGAGAGGGCGGCCCUGAACGAGAGCGGCGUCCUGGUUCCCUUCGGCUCCUCCGUCGCCUUCAACGUCACCUACAGGGGGGACCUCACCUUCGGCACCGAGUACCUGGUGGCGCUGAAGGCGAAAGACGAGGCGGGGAAUGAAAGCCCUGUGUCCAACGUCGCUUCUUUCUUCCUGGACCAGAAGCUCGCUCUUCCGACAUGGGCCGACGAACUGAUAAAAACACUGAAGAAAUCAAACGCUGAGUUUUUCUCGAAGACGUGAUGAACCAAAGAUGAAAGAUGACCAAAGCAAGGGUUCUUGUCUCGCUGGGACAAUAUAAACAAACAGGGAAAAAAAAAGAUGUAUAAAAUGGUGAUAAUAAAGGAAAAAUGCUAA